CUCUCUCUCUCUCUCUCUCUCUCUCUCUCUCCACACUCACACACAUAAGGAAGAGUAAAAUUGAGAAUGAUGGCAGAAUGUAAGAAAUUUUAAGAAAUUUGGGAAAAAGGGUGAGAGUAUCGGGCAACGGAUGUCUUAAAAGAGGAAGACAAAUAGAGAAAACUAUAGGAAAAUAUAGAGGAAUAAAGAAAGAGAGAUAAUAAGGAAGAUAAUGAGAGGCAGAAAAACUGAGAGGAAAAGUGACAUGAAUGUUUAAAAAAAAAAAAAAGAAAGAAAUAGAAAACGAGAUGAAAAUAUAGAUUGAGGAAACCAUACAGGAAAACUAAGAGAAGGAAGAAAAUGGGCACUCGAGAGCUGUAGAGAAAAGGAGAUUAGAAAUUUAAGGGAGAGAAAGAGAACCAGGGAAACGAGCAAAGAAAAAAGGACAGGAUAGCUGAAGAAGAAAAGAAGUGAAAUAGGAAAGAGGAAACAAGACUUGAACACACAGAGGAAAUAGCACAUAGAAAUAGACAGCAAGGAAACGAGACAGGAAAACUAAGAGGAAAAGUGACAAACGUUGAAGAGAGGAAGAAAAUAGACAAGCGAGAGCUGAAGAGAAAAAGAAAGAAAAAACUGGAAAGAGGGAACUAGAUGGGAACGCAGAGAAAAUGGGACGGAAAAAUAGAGAUUGAGGAAACGAGACAGGAAAACUGAAAGAGAGGAUCAGAGUGGAAGGAAAACAAUAAAAGAGAAAGAGAGACAUCACAUUUGAAGUGGGAUGAGGGACAGAUGAAUUGAACUGAGACAGGAACAGGAAGAGUUAUAGAACAGUUGAGAGGAAGUAAGACAGGAAAAUGUAGGAAGAAAAAUGAGAGUUGGAAAAAGACAAAGUGGAGUGAAGUAAAGUAAAAUAUGUGGAAGGUAUGAAGAGAGAAAGAUAAGAUGGAGAAUAUAGAGAGUGUAAGAGAUUUAGAGUGAGAGGUUAAGAAGCUUCAACUGUCCUCUCCUCCAGGCUCCGCCCACUGUCCCGUGCCCCUCCCACUGUGAGGCUCUGCUGGUGGUUUGAUCCAGAGCGCUCAGUGCAGGGGGCAGUGGUGGUGGAGGAAGGGGAAGUGCUGGAGGCUCCAGCUGAAGACCUAGACAGAUGGGUUUCCCUCAGUCUUUCUUCAGCUGAGUCCACUGCAUCCCUCACUGCAUACCUGAGACCCCCCACCCCCCUUCUUCCUACAGUCAGACUGGACGAUGUCUUCAUCCUCCACCGUCCUAUCAGGACACUCGGAUCAGCCCGUCCCCCUGUGUUCAUCUGUUGCAGAGAGAGGAGGCAGUGCCCGAUGCCUGUGGUGUGAGUUUUCUCAGGCUGCAGACCCACGUGGAGGGGUGGUGAGGGUGAGCGGUUGAUGAAAGCACUCCACCGGCCCCUCCCUCCCUGCCUCCAAGCUCCUCCUCCCUGCCUUCUCCCUCUCCUUUUGCUCCUCCUACUGUAGUCCAGUCGUCAUGGCGAUGAGCACGGACCCCGGCUGCUUGGGGACGGAGUCCGACCCCGACCCCUCCUCCCAAACUGAGCUGGCCGACAAGAUGGCCGCCAUCACCAUAACGGACCCUUCCACCAACGGGCUGAGGAACGGGGCGGGGCUCCGGAAGCCCAUGACCCAGCGGCCGCAUCUGUCCGGCAGGAAGAUGUCUCUGCAGGAGAGGGGGACGUACCUGUCUGCGGGGGGCGGGGCCGAGCGGUACCACCACAUCUCCCCACGGGCGCCGCGUCGGCCCACCAUCGAGUCCAAACGCGUCUCCAUCUCUGACGCACAGGACUGCAUCCAGCUCAAUCAGUACAAACUCAAGAGUGAAAUUGGAAAGGGCUCUUAUGGAGUGGUCAAACUGGCCUACAACGAAGAUGAAGACAAGAAUUAUGCAAUGAAAGUGGUGUCUAAGAAGAAGCUGAUGAAGCAGUAUGGCUUUCCACGCCGCCCCCCACCGCGGGGUCCGAAAGCAGCCUUGGGCGAGCAGCCUAAAGUGCUUGGGCCCCUGGAGAGGGUCUACCAGGAGAUCGCCAUCCUCAAGAAGCUGGACCACCUCAAUAUCGUCAAGCUGGUGGAGGUGCUGGACGACCCAGCAGAGGACAAUCUCCACAUGGUGUUUGAGCUAAUGCAGAAAGGGCCAGUUAUGGAGGUGCCUACGGACAGCCCCUUUAGUGAAGAGCAGGCCCGCCUCUACUUCAGAGACAUCGUCCUGGGCAUAGAGUACUUGCACUAUCAGAAGAUCGUCCACAGGGACAUCAAGCCGUCCAAUCUGUUGCUGGGAGACGACGGCCAUGUGAAGAUUGCUGAUUUCGGCGUUAGUAACCAGUUUGAGGGGAACGAUGCUUUGCUCUCCAGCACGGCUGGGACUCCGGCUUUCAUGGCCCCAGAGACCCUUUCAGACAACCGCAAGAGCUUCAGCGGAAAGGCUCUUGAUGUGUGGGCGAUGGGGGUGACGCUCUACUGCUUCGUAUUUGGAAAGUGCCCUUUUAUUGAUGAGUACAUACUUGCUCUGCAUAACAAGAUCAGGAGCAAGCUGGUGGAGUUCCCAGAGACGCCAGCCAUCAGUGAAAGCCUGAGGAACUUGAUCUUGAGAAUGCUGGACAAGAACCCAGACUCCAGGAUCACUCUUCCUGAGAUUAAGCUGGACCCCUGGGUCACUCAGGACGGCGCUGACCCCUUGCCUUUAGAAGAGGAGCACUGCACAGUGGUGGAGGUCACUGAAGAAGAGAUCCAAAACUCUGUCAAGUUUGUCCCCAGCCUCUCUGCUGUAAUCCUGGUGAAGGCCAUGUUGCGGAAGCGCUCUUUCGGGAACCCUUUUGAGUGUCCCAGCAGGAGAGAGGAGAGGUCCAUGUCCGCUCCAGGAAGCCUGUUAAUGGACUCGUGGCCGUUCCGCCCCUCUCUAAAACUCCACCCCUCUUUAAGAAAAGGGAGCAGCGGAGAAGCUGGAAGAGAGGUGGAGCUGGAGGACCUGCAUGAAGAUGAGCCGCCCUCGUCCUGAGUGUCUCAGUCUCUGAGGCUAAGAACUCCAUCGGCCUGAGAGAAGCUGUGGAACUCAUGGAACGAACAGCACACACUUUGACAUCUAGACUCAAACAUGACGCCAUUCGUUUUUUCGUUCAUGCUCAAGCAGUGUCAGCAUGUGCGCUCCCCUUCAUUCUUUUCUGAAGUGAACAGACCUUCAUCGGAUCUCAGACACUUCACAGAGACUUUUCUCUGAGAGAGAUGUGGUGAAGAGGAGGAGGAGGAGGAGGAGGAAGAAGAGUGUGGAAGACUUUUCUAAGAACUUUUUGUCAGAAGGGAACUAAGCUUUAAAAUGAACAGUUCUUGCGACGGUGGAUGAAUGCAUGGACAACCAAAGGAGUAGGUAGGAGCUUCUUCAGAGGAACGUUUGCUUCUACAGAGCAGAGCGGUUUUGUAUACGUGUGGAAUAUAACAACGUUGAUGUCCUGCUUUGUCAUGCUUUGGAAGACUGUACUAUUUCCUAUAUCCUGGACGUGGCCGGUUUUACGACGCUUUGUUACUUUUGUACUCUCACUCACAUAUCUCCAUUCAUACGCAGACACAUGAUCACGUGAUCGCAUAAUCAUGCAGAAGAGUGCUUGGGCAAAUAAAAACAAGCCACUUACGAUAGGGCUCUCUUAUUAUACGCGUGUCUCGCACAAACACAGUGCUGCAGAAUAGGGCUUGCGUACAAUAACAUGCAAAGUGUUCGAGAGGGCUCUUAGUUUUAAUCCUUUAAACUGCACAGGCCUACAGUUCAUCUCCAGCUUCAGAACUCUCAGAGCAUUAUAGGAGCACUAUAGCAGUUGAUGAAUUGUGUAUAAGUAGUCUUUAUUCCUGUAAAAUACAUUUUAAAGGGCCUAAAAAUCAUAUUUACGCUACACUGACAUGCCAAAAAAGAAAUUGGAAAUUGAUAAUGUGAGUGUUGUGUCAGGGGAUGGCUUAGGAAUACACUUGUGAGGUGUUAUCUUGUGAGGUGUGAGUGAGACUGAACACUGGCCAUUGUGAAUUAUGUUCAAAUGCACUCCCAUUAUCCACAGUCAACAGCAGCGCAAUAGGCGGUAAUGAUCGUGACUGGUGGUGUCUGGCUGGAACUGUCCAUGCGAGAAAACACAUAAGCGAAUUACACCAUACAUUUUAAACGGCCUAAAAAUUAUAUUUACACUACACUGACAUGCCUAAAGAGAAAUUGGAAAUUGAUAAUGUGAGUGUUGUGUCAGGGGACGGCUUAGAAAAGCUCACACUGGUAUAAGUUGUGGGGUGUUAUCUUGUGAGGUGUGAGUGAGACUGAACAGUGGCCAUUGUAUAUUAUUAUUAUUAUAGUUCAAAUGCACUCCCAUUAUCCACAGUGAACAGCAGCAGAGUGGGUGGUAAUGAUCGUGACUGGUGGUGUCUGGCUGGAACUGUCCAUGCGAGAAAACAGAUAAGCGUCUCACACCAUACAUUCAGUACUGGAGAUCAUAUCCCACAUAUAUAUCCCACAGGUCAAUGCAGUGUCUUUUAGCUUCUGUGGGACAUGGCAAAAUUCAUGGGACACAGUACACAAAAGUCCCAGGUCUCAUGACAUCAGGGUAGGUGAUAAUGAUCGUGACCGGCAGCAUCUGGCUAGAAUUACCCAUGCAAACAGAGAAGACACACCAACAUUUAAUGCAGGAGACCCCAUACACAUAUCCCACAGGUCAGUGCAGUCUCCCUUAGCAUAUUUGGGAUAUGGCAGAAGUCAUGGGAUGACACAAUACUAGUCUUCAGUCCAGACUUUUGGCAUGUCAUUGUAACUGUAAACACUAAGGGUCAGUUUCCCAGAAAGAGAUUAAGCCUAGCCUUUAAAUGUACAGCAUUUUCUGAAUGGAAAGGAUAUACAUAUAGUCUACAACCAGGUUUAAUCCCUGUGUGGGGAAACUGCCUUUACACAAGCUGGUAUGUCAGUGUAUAUUUCUUUAUUUUUAUGUUUGUGACUCACCCCAGAUGUACAAGAUCAGCCAAGACACACUUUGUGCUUACGUUUUGUUUAUUUAAACUAAUACAGAAGCUACAAAGCUAAUGUGGCUAUCAUUAGUCUGCUAACAGUAGUCCUCAAUGAUUGUGACUGGUGGUGUCUGGCUUGAACUGUCCAUGCAAAAACAGAUAAGCGACUCUAGCGACAUGGCAAAAGUCAUGGGACGACACUUUACUAGUCUUUUUUCCAAUUACUUUUGGCAUGUAAGUGUAAAUGUACACACUAAAGGUCGAUUUAUACUUCUGCAUCCAAGCUACACCUUAGUUUAUGUGUACCCUGUGUGUAGCUGCAUACCCUAUACUAUACCCUACACCAUAGCCCGACGGGAAACACCCCAGAUAUGUGAUGAGGGCAGCAGCAGCAUCAGCUGUGAUUGGUCCGCAAAUUUCCCCCGCCUUCAUAGUUAAACUGCAGAGCGAUGCAAAGACACGGACACACGAAUGCAGAGGUAUAAACAUGGGCAGCUGCAUAGGGCGCUCUCACAGGAAACCCCAUAGGCAACAUGUUGGCUUAACGUACAGGUAUAAAUUGGCUUUAAAGGGGCAAUCUCUCAGUUUAGUCUAAGCUUAGUCUUGCACUAUACAGCAUUUUCAGUGGAAAGGAAAAUAUAGUCUACAGCUAGGCUUAAUCCCUGUCUUGGAAACUGUUUUUAUAGAAGCUAAAUUUGUGCACUAAACAGGUCUUGGCUUGGCUUGACUAAUUAAUACCAAUUAAUUAGUCCAGUUAAUUCCAGUGAGUGGAAAAUUAGUUAUAAAUGUGUGAAAUUUUUGUUUUAACCUUAUCAUUAAAAAUCUAAUUAUGAACCAAAAAUUAACAAUUAAUAACUGAAUAAUUAGCAGGUUAAGGGGUUAAACACACACACACAACAGUAACACACACAAACGUACAUACGCAUUCUUUCUCCCCCAAAAUGUUUGAGAAUGCUGCUGCAGACGCUCCAAUCAGGCAGAAUUGCUGGUGGAAUUGCUAGCUAGAUGUUUUGUGUCACACUGUGUUAUUGUCACUAUUUAAGUCUCCUGCAUUCAGAACGGCUUAUUUGGCAGUGAGUCUCUCUCUCUCUCUCUUUCUAUUUCUCUCUCUUUCUCUCACUCUCUCACAAACAUCCAUAAACACACGGGCGAGAGAGCACGUAUUGGUGCAGAAAUGGCGGUGGAAUCACUUUCGCUCCGUCUCUGACAGCCGACUGCAGACUGAACACAGUGAUUAGUAUCGGAGCGCCAGCCGCCCGCCAUUCAAAAGCAGCGCGCUCCUCUGGUCCUGGAUUAAAGCCGUGCAACACAACACCCCAACCCCCUCCCUCCCUCACCCCUCAGCAAACCCCUUAUCAGGACUUCCGCACAUUCCAGUCGGGGUAGAGGCAGUGUUCUGUGGGCAGUAAUGGCAGCCGCAGGCCUGGACUAAUCGCGCUUUAAUUUGGAGGGCAGUUUAAAUUGGCACUCAUUUAAAUCGGAUUUGGUUUGCUUAGGAAUUAGCCGGGCUGUUUUUGGAUGUUUUUUGGAGGUUUUGAUCUAAUGAAUACUGUUGGACUGCCUCUUUCAGCAAAUUUAACUCACUUAAAGGAGAACUCCAGUGUAAAAUGGACUUUUAGUGUAGUAAAACAUGAUAUAAAAGUACGUAUCUUUGAUGAAUAGCCCUCCUCCACUCUCCUUAAGCUUUCUGAGAUCCAGAAAUUUUGUACUUUUUGCCCAGCACUCCAUAUUGGGGCAUAUUUUGCCCCAAUAAAUCACUUUUUUCCACCGUUAUCCAGACUCAAAGUAGCUCCACACCUGCUUGCAAGAAUCUGGAGAGCCCUGACAUUUUUUAAAACUAGGCAUAAAUAAUCUUUAAAAGAGCAAAAGAAGCUUAUUAAAAACCACUGUUUACAUCCUGGCGCCGGCUGCUACACUAUAUGGAGUCUAUAUAUUCAGUAUAUGUCUGUCAUUAGCAGUACAAUGAUGGUGGUGCACGGAGCUGAAAACUAGCAUUUUUUUUAAUAAGCUUCUUGUGCACUUUUUAAAUAAUUAAUGCUUCGAUUUAAGUGUCAGGGCUCUCUGGAUUCUAGAAAGGAGUUUUGGAGCUACUUUGAGCUGGAUAACGAUGGAAAAAGCGAUUUAUCAGCAGAAUAUGCCUCGAUUCGAGUGCUGGUCAAAAAGCACAAAAUUACUGUAUCUCAGAAAGCUGUAGGAGAACGGAGGUGGGCUAUUUAACAAAGCUAAGUACUUUUUAUCAUGUUCUACUACACCCAAAAUUAAUUUUACACCGGAGUUCUCCUUUAAAUGGCUUGUUUGUCUUGUUAUAAACUGUCUAAAAACGUUCAUAUCUCUCUGUUUGGCAGUGUAGCACACUGUCUACAUAUCCACACAUUAUUUGAUUCUUCUUUUCUAAUAAACACAGAUUUACCUGUCUGUGAAUCGGCCUGUUUUGAGUAUACUCGCCCACUUACCCCGGCACUAGAUAUUAGAUAAUGGCCAGAUAAUGAACAAAAGGUUGAAUUCUAUUGAUAAUCUAAAAGGCCCGGCGAUUUUUACGAAUGAUAUACAGUACCAGACAAGGUUGGACACACCACUGCUCAUUUAAUGUUUUUUUUUAGUAUUUAGUCUUUUUUUUUUUUUACAUUGUAAAUGUAAUAUUGAAGGAACUUUUGCAUCUUUAUUCUGGAACAAAAAGUGUUAAAAUAAACCAGAAUAUUUUUAUACUAAAGCAAUAAUACACGAGAGGUUCGUGCUAUAACGUGUAAUAUUGGCACAAACCUCAAGUGUAUUAUUGCGCUUAUACCACAGUUCCAUUAUCACUGUUUAUUAAAAGAUUUUGAGUUAAAGAGGACGAGACAGUAUCUGUUUGGUUAUAAAAACUCUGCAUAUUAAAAUAGUACCAUUGCUGCUCUGUUUGUAGCUGCGCCGUUUGGCUUGUAAGAGCUGCAUUGUUGCUAGGUUACCUGUAUGUGGUGGAGUAAUACAUAGAGAGCUUCGGUUACAGUGCAUUACCGGCUGAUAAUGGCACUUAAAGAAGGCCUCUCAGCCAAUCACAUUGCAGGGUCAGAACUAACUGUGAUAACAGCUUGGCAUAUCUUGGCUGGAUUUUCUCAGUCAGCUUUAUGAGGUAGAGUCACCUGGAAUGAUCAGCUUUCAGAACGUGCCAAGAGUUAAUAUCUUGAAUUUUUUGUCUCAUAAUGUGUUUGACAGUGUUUUAGUCCUAUUUAAAUAAUGUUCUAAUCCAUAUUAUGGUGAGAACUACUCAACAAAGUAAAGAAACAAAUGACGACUUUAAGAAAUGAAGGUCAGUCAAUAUGAAAAAUGAAAGAAAUUUGAAAGGAACUGCAAGUGCAUUCACAUGACAAUCAAAAACGGUACGAUGAAACUGGCCCUGAACAGGAUUGACCUAGGAAAGGAAGAGCAAGAGUUUCUCUGUUGCACAGGAUCAGUUUAUCAGAGUUUCCAGCCUCAGGAACCACAAAUUAACAGCUCCACAGAUAAAAGCACCUAAAUGCUACUUAAAAGAGUAUGUUUGGUUUGUUUAACACUAUUAAGUUACUACAUGAUUCCUUAUGUGUUCCUUCAUAGUCUGAAUUGCUUCACUAUUCAUUUACAAUGUAGAAAAAAAAAUAAAAUAAAGACAUUGGUGUGUCUAAACUUUUGACUGGUACUGUAUAUCUGAUCUGAAGCUGAAUUUACGGUGUAAUAAUAGCGCAUAUUUCACAGUAUCAUUCUCAUAUUAAAUCUUAUCAGUUUUAGUUUAGAACAGAUUGGUGUUGGACUAUCUAUACUCAAGAUUUCAAUAUCAGUAUCAGUGUCUAAAUUCUUGAUCAUGACCUACAUUUAUAUAUGUGCUUAAAAAAUCACUGUGUGUGUGUGUGUGUGUGUACUGUCUGUGCUGUAUGUUUCACAAGUGUACAACUCUCACAUCCCCUCUCAAUGUUCACUAUGCACUUGUCAUAUACUGUAUGUUGUGUAAAUGUCGUGUGGCAUGAGCUCGACCUCAGUAUAACUUUAUAUACCUUCUACUAACACUUUACCGAAUCUCGAUUAUCAGGUGCAGCUCAUUUAUUAUAAUUAUUAAUAUUUAACGUGGUACGACUGAAGUCGACCACAAAGACCCCUUUAAUGCAUUCAGUUCACUUAGCAUGCUAGCACACAUGCUAACAGGUAACAGGUACAGCUGCUGUAGUACAAUGCCAAAAUAAUAAGCAGUGAUGAACGUAUUGUCUCUUUUUUUGUGUGGGGUGGCUCUUCGUUUGUGUUUUGUCGUUUGUUAUAUGUCGUACACCUUUCCCUGAUAUAGUAGGGCUGAUUGUGCUCAGAGGAGUUUUACAUUGAUUUAAGCACCAUCCACACGUACAGUAUCUGGAUCAUUUGAAAUAGGAUGAGAAAUUUGUAUGGCUUUUUGGCUUUCUCUCCACAAAAAAAAACAUCCAUUUUUGGUCACGGAACAAUGAGCUUAAUGAAAACAGGCAAAAAAUAUAUGUUUCUGCCUGAAUCUCAAAUACUUUUUUACUCCCUAUGUACUAGUGAACUACUUAAGUCAUACAACUAUACAACGUCUAUAUGCAGAUUAGCGUAGGAUGCAAGAAUCAAUAUAAGACCUGUUUUAUAUUACAUACUGAUAUACAGGGUCUGAAGUUGCAAAUGACCUGCUAGUGCAUCUCAAAAAAUUAGAAUGUCAAUAAAAAGUUGUUUCAUUUCAAUAAUUCAGUUCAAAAUGUUAAAUGUAUAUAUUAUAUAGAUGUAUUACACACAGAGUGAUCUAUUUUAAGCCCUAAUUUCUUUUAUUGUUGGUGAUUAUGGCUUACAGCCAAUAAAAACCCAGAAAUCAGUGUCUCAGAAAAUCUGAAUAUUAUAUAAGACAAAUAUGUACUUUUGGCAGUGUGGGCAGUGUGCCAAAUCAUUGCUGGAAAAUGAAAUCCUCAUCUCCAUAAAAGUUGUCAGCAGAGGGAAGCAUGAAGUGCUGUAAGAUUUUCAGAGAAAACACUACAUUGCUCUCCAAACCAUCAUCACUGAUUGGUUUGGAGAGACAUGUCAUCUGCUGGUGUUGAUCCACUGUGUUUUAUUAUCAAGUCUAAAGUCAGUGCAGUUUUUUUUUCCCACUAAAUCUUACAGCACUUCAUGCUUCCCUCUGCUGACAACUUUUAUUGAGAUGCGGAUUUCAUUUUCCAGCAGGACUUGGCACACUGCCCACACUGUAGCCAAAAGUACCGAUUGUUCUUAUAUAAUAUUCUAAUUUUCUAAGACACUAAUUUUUGGGUUUGCAUUGGCUGUAAGCCAUAAUCAUCAACAAUUAAAGAAAUAAACGCUUAAAAUAAAUCACUCUGAUUAUAUAAUACAUCAAUAUAAUAUAUGAGUUUCACAUUUUGAACUAAAUUACUAAAGUAAAGUGACUUUUCAAUGAUAUUCUAUUUAAAUGUAUCUGAAUACCCUUGAGUGUGAUGUGGAGAGAGAGCGUGCCAUCUACCCACCCAGAGAGAAAACAUGUCCAAUUAAUUAUACUCUCUCAGACUCCAGCUGCUGAUGGAUGCUGAAGCAGCAUGACCAAGAUUCGAACAGCGAUCUUCUGAUCAAAGUGCCUUAGUCCACUGGAGCACUCAGACCAGACUAUACACUCUGUUCAGAUUGAGAAUCUGUAAUUCCGUGUUUUGUGUAGUUCACUACAUAGGGAGUACUGUUUGUAAUUUGGGAUUGAACCUAUUUGCUUUCCUUCUUCUUCAGGGUGUGUUGAUGUCUCACUUUUAAGAGGUACUAUCGACCUUUACAGAGCUCUGGGUGGAUGGACAUAUUUUCAAAAAGCAGAGGGAGGUAAAUCUCCACUUUUAAAAAUGUCCAGAUACGUGUGGAUGUAGCUUUAUUAGCGGAGAACGUUCAGAAUGGACGCCAAUGUGGUUGCAUUAAAGGAGAAUUGCACUGGUUUUAAAAUUAAAAUGUCUGUAUGAUUCAGUUGUUGAGAAUGUGCUUUAAAAAUUUUUUUGGAUAAAAACCUGAAGGUUUUGCUUUCUAAUUAGCAUUAAGCUAAUAAUGACUAUUAGAAAUGGUCACUUUUGGUAGUAGCGCACUUUUAUAUUCUAUUAGAAAAUGAUGACAUUUACAACAUGGUGAACAGUGGUGGUUAUGGGAUACAAAGGUCACUAUGCAGUUAUAGCAGAUCAGCCUACAUGUGUUUUCACUUUAAUAUACAACAUGUCCAAAGGUUUUUGAACACCCUUUUUAACAGACGCAUUAGGUUACUUUAGGUUAGAUCAAUUUCUUCCACUGAUAGGUGAAUGCACACCUGUAGAGAUGUGUUGCCAAAGUAUAGGACUCUCUGGCAUAUUGGCACCAUGACUAAUACCAGUCUAGAGCUAGAGCUGGAGUGAUAUACUCUAAAUACUCUAAAUCUGAGUGGGUCUCCUAAACAAGGCAAACCAAAGCACUCUGAAUUACAUAUCAACUUCUUAAAUGUGUAAAAUCAGUGCAGUUCUCCUAUAAUGAGUUACGUUGAGAUGCUAUGCUAAUGCUAAUGUUGUUUAAAGGAAAAAACAGAUUUUUUUUUUUACUUUUAAACGUUUGGAUCCAAAGCUUUUCUGGUUGUAAAUAUAUAUUUCUAUUCAUAAGUUGAGGGUAAGAAUGUGGGGGUUUAAGAAGGUCAAUUUUCACAGCUGGGUGUUGAGGUGUUAAUGGAUAAAAGGAGGAGGAGUCUCUCUAAUAACACACAUGCUCACAUAGCGUAUGCUCGUCUGAUUCCUGAUUUCUCUUUGCUUGAGUGACUGUCGUUCGUGGUCGUUACAUGGAUAUCUGUAUUCUCGUGCAUUAAUCUGAAUGUAUUUAUUAUAACUGUUGAAAUAAAAUAAAAAAAAAACAUGAAAAAAGGAGGGAAAAAAGAAAAACAGCAGCAUGGCACAAAAAACUACUGAAUGCAACUUGUUACGAUGUAAAUAUGUACCAAAAAUAUAUAAAGAGGCUAUUUUUUGCAUGCUUUUUGUACACUUAGACUGAAUCAAAGACAAUAAAGACAUCACAACUGA